CUCUCCAUUGAUUUAAAUAAGGCUCCUCUGAUCUAUUGGGUUGACACAGCACGACGUCCUCACAGAGCACAAAGCUGACACUGGAGAACAGCCAUAGCCAGAGCAGAGACAGAGCAUUGAACAUGUUGAGCAUGAAGACUCCCGGUGCUGUGCUGCUGUUGCUAUGGUCUGGUCUGGUUGUGGUUGCAGCAGAGAGUGGAGGCCUCCUGGAUGAAGCUACAGCUGCAGCCCCUGCCUCCACCCAACAGAACAGCCAGCCUGAUAUCCACACUGCGCUGAGAGAGAUGAGCGCUCUGAUGGUGGAGCAGAGAGUGGAGCUCAGACACACUAAGACGCAAAUGGAGACCAGACUGAGAGCCAGUGAGAGUAAAGCAGAGACCAUGGAGACCAGACUGAGAGCCAGUGAGAAGGCAGUCGUGGAUCUCAGACAGACUGAAGCCAGACUGACAGCCAGUGAGAGACUAGUGGAACGGCUUCAGAGUGAAAAUGAGGCUCAGACAGUGAAUCUGAACCUCACUGUGAGCCAGGUGGAGGAGCUGAGGAGGGAGAGAGAGGAGAGGAGGGUGUCUUUCUCUGCCUCACUGGUAAAAUCAGUGGGUGAGAAUUUUGGUCCCUUUAAUAAGCCAACCACACUGAUCUACAGACAUGUCUUCACCAACACUGGAAAUGCCUACAACAACAAUACAGGUGUCUUCACGGCUCCAGUCAGAGGUGUCUACUACUUUGCUGUAUUUGUGUUUGGAAAUGGUCAUGCAUCUACACCAUCAGGAGUCUCUCUCCAUAAGAAUGAAGAACAUGUUGUCAUUGCUUACAGUAAACAGCCAAGCCACGUUUAUAGCUCUUCUAAUGGAGCUUCUCUGCUGCUGGAGGUGGGAGAUGUGGUCUAUGUGAAGCUGUGGCCCAAUGCAUGGGUCCUUGACAGUUAUAACCACCACACCACCUUCUCUGGCCACCUGCUCUUCCCCAUGUGAGGGAAGCAGUAGACCGAUGUAGAAAUUAUGUUGGGUGUGGAGUGACGCUAGCAGUGAGAAACUGUCAGAAUAGAACACACUCCUCUCCUUGUUUCCUACAUGGUCACUGGGUGGGUCUGGGCAAGACAUUUAGUGUGACAAAGUCAGGGUUCAUUCUCUUUGGUUGCUAAAUCUGUGCUUACAGUCUGCUCUUAGUUAAACUCUUGUUUUGGUUGGUUAAUUAGAUUACAGGAUUGAAUGGUCUGUACGUAUUCUGCGGAAUCAGGUAUUUUGAAUUGUUAUCUUCUGAUUGUUUUCCUGGAUGUUAAAGGACUUUUAUACACUGGUAGGAUGUUAACAUGCAUUUGCAGGCACUAGUUAUGAUACUUUCCUCCAAAGGUAAAGGUCAUUCUCCUUGAAUGCUAUCUAUCUUUUAUGCUGUCUGUUGACAUGUUAAUGUCCUUUACCUACUGUUACUUUGUCAGUGUGGAACUGAAAACAUUAUUAAUGAAAUGUGCUUUGUCAGGCUGUGUCUUUGUAUAUCCAUCUAUUACAAAAUAAAAUACUUCUUCAAA